CAGCAGUAAAGCAAAAUUAUCUGACUUUCAGAAGAAUAAAACACGAUUAAUUGUCUUUAUUUACAAUUAAAAAUAUUAAACGAUAAUAAAUCAACAAUGACGAACCGUAACGUUGUGUUUCCUCCCGGCGGCCUGCUAGAAAUUGUGUUUUCAUUCGACACAACGGGCUCAAUGGCUAGUUGGUUAGACGAAGUUCGUGGUCGCAUUCAAGACCUGAUACAACGUCUACAGGCUGACAUUCCUGGCAUCAGAAUAGCUGUCUUCGCCCACGGGGACUAUUGUGAUUCUCACAUUUACGUCACCAAAUGGAUUGAUUUAACAACAGAUGUUGCCAAGCUUUGUGACUUUGUGCAGAAAGUGGAGAAAACCGGUGGAGGAGAUGCCCCAGAAUGCUAUGAGCUCGUUUUAAAACAAGUCAGGACAGAAAUGUCCUGGACUCCUGGAUCACGCCGUGUCCUCGUUUUGAUUGGGGACAACAACCCCCACGAGCCCCAUGAGGCGUGUAACAAAGACAAGAUCAACUGGAAGGAGGAGACGAGGUCUCUUGGCAGCGAGGGCGUUACAAUAUACGGGGUCCAGUGUGGAAACUAUGCUCAAGCAGAUCGCUUCUACAAAACAAUAUCAAUGGCCACUAAAGGCAAACACCUGCGUUUGAACGAUUUUGGAAGUUUAUUUGAUAUGAUGAUGGCGAUCUGUUACAGGGAGAGUAACGACAUGACGAAGUUGGCGAAUUACGAAAAUGAAGUCAGAGCCAGGUGUGGGCCCACUGGUCUAGCUCUUGACAUAGAUGCAAUCUUUGCCUCCCUGAGAGACGAAGAAGCAGUAGAUUCCUCGUCGGUUGCUGGCCCGUUGCCUCUCCUGGUGGCGCACACAGAUUCCACAGCACGAACGUUGACAACGACUCAUCUAGCAGCAACUAAGCGAAAAUCUCCAAAAAAAAAUUCAACUGCUAAAAAAUGGGCCAAAGUUCCGAGUAUGCCCAUAGCCAAAAAGCCUAAAUCAAAUUCAAGACUCUUAAUAAAAGGACAAAACUCCUCAAGAUUAUGCCUCGAUAAAUACAAGCUGAAGAAUCUGCCUCUCCUAAAACGUGAAAACGUCCCAGAGAUCAACUUUUCACUUCGCUCAUUAAAUUGGGAGAAUUGGUUCCUGGCUUGUGUACCUGAGAGCGAUGUCCCUGAGGCUAACAAAGCUCAGUGGAAGGCUCGAGCUGGUAAGCCAGGCUGGAGGUUAAGAACCUUGCCAGAGCCCAGGUCAUGGGGCAAUCGUCUUGCUUUGUUUGAGGUUUCAGUUCAGUCAGGCGCAAAAGGAAAGAAGCACACGGUCUACAGCAGAUUUUCCAGUCAUUGUUUCGGUACUGCACAAUGGGAAACCCGUCUUCUGUCCGUGGCAACUUCCCAAGUUGACCGUGUAUUAAAAAAUGGGUGUAAAGUUUACGUAAGGUACACCUUGGUGGGACAAAAACAGAAAUUUUCACUAGCCAGCGCGGUUAAGAGGUACGAUUACGCAUGGAAGAGAAUAAAAACCGUUAGACCUGAUGCCAGAGUUGUCACGAAAUGUGGCGUGGGCAUUUCAGCAGCCUAAAGGGUGUGUUCAUCCUGCAAGUCACUUACCCGUGUGAGUACAUGGAUCUAUGGCUCUUUAAUUAUUUAACCAUUAUCAAGAAUAUGACAGUUACAUAACUUAAACAGUUCCAUUCAUUGAACAGGAUCGUAUCACUUGAACAGUCUCAUUAAUUCAACCGCUCCAGAUUAGAUUUUUGUGAAGUUUUCUCGUCAUCGAAAUGACCUGUGAUUUUUAUGUAUGUUCUCGAGAGUCUAGACUUUGUACGCAACUAAAAUGAGAAGAUUGUGAUAUAUUUCAUAUUGCUUCAUUAUUAUGUUUACAACAGAAAAGUUUCUUGAGCAGGUCAAAAUGGACGGAAUAAAAAAAAAAGCAUGUUUUGAAUAAUACGAUAAUUUGUUUUUAUUUAUUUUUUUGUUCUUUAGUCGAAUUCUGAAAAGUUUUUUUGAAAUCUAUUUUCAAACGUAUUUUAC